UCCUGUGUGUCUGUGCGUUGGCUUCCCUAGCUUCUGGUUGUGAUGACAGAGCAGUCAAGAAGCCAAAACAACUGAAAAAAUUAUUGUGGUUAGAUCCUGGCCUUACUGAAGAUGCUAGUUUGAGAGUGCCAAGCUUGGUGCGGAAGUACGGGUACCCACUGGAAGAACACACGGUCAGAACCAGCGACCAGUACCUCUUGACCAUGCACCGGAUACCCUACGGCCGGCAGAACAAGAAGAAAACGAACAGGCCGGUGGUAUUCGUUAUGCACGGAUUACUGUCUUCUUCCGCAGAUUUUGUCGUGACGGGACCUGAAAAAGCUCUAGCUUACAUACUAGCGGAGGCUGGUUACGACGUAUGGCUGGGCAACGCUCGCGGCAACCGCUACUCCCGGCAACACGCCUUCAUUGACCCUAAGAGACCUAAGUUUUGGAAGUUUUCGUGGGAUGAGAUCGGUAGUUUAGACUUGCCGGCUAUGAUUGACUAUGUUUUGGCGCAUACAAGAAGGAGGAAACUUCAUUAUAUUGGCCAUUCACAGGGUACUACUGCUUUUUGGGUGAUGUGCUCCCUGAGGCCCGAGUACAACCACAAGAUCAUUUCCAUGCACGCAUUAGCCCCUGUGGCGUACUUGUCACACAAUAAGUCUCCUCUCCUCCAUGCAAUAGCACCGUUCUCUAAUGUCAUCGCUAAAUUUCUAACUGUUAUCGGAAAAGCCGAGUUCAUGCCCAACAAGCGACUGAUGAAAUGGGCCGGGGCCGCGAUGUGCAGAAACGGGGCCACCUUCCAAGAGCUCUGCAGCAAUAUAUACUUCCUCAUUGGUGGAUGGAAUUCUGUGGAGUUGAACAGGACGAUGAUCCCAGUAAUCCUAGGCCACACGCCAGCCGGCGCGUCGGUCUACCAGCUCGCUCACUACGGGCAGGUCAUGGCCAGCAAGGAGUUCCGCCGCUUCAACCACGGUCUCGCCAACAUCGGGUUCUACCAAUCCGUCACUCCACCAAGAUACGACCUUCACAAAGUCACAGCCCCAGUUUUCUUCCACUACUCUCUCUCCGACCCUUGGGCUCAAGUCAAAGACGUGGAAAGGUUAGGAAGGGAGCUCGGAAACCUUCGAGCCAAACGGGUCAUACCUAUGGCAACGUACAGCCAUUUUGAUUUCCUUAUGGGAAUAAAUGCGAAAAGGCUGGUGUAUGAUCAGGUUAUUUCUGAUAUGAGGAGUAUGGAAAAGAAAUAAAUUAAUUUGAA